AAAAAAAAAAAAUGAAACCAAACAAGACUCCACUAACCCCAUGAAGGAAGGAGAUACAAAAAGCCACUGCAGUUCAGCUCCCAUUGUAAUCAUGAGAGAAAAAAGGCGACCCAAGGAGCCCAGCAUGUACGCCGGCUUCAGUGUGACAGAGCGUGGGGACAGAAAGAUGGAUGGCGAGCUGAGGCUCUAACUUGGUAGUUUUUCUUUACUUCAUCUGCUACAAAUUCCAGCUUAGAAAUGGAUAUUCUUUUUGAGGAAAAUGCUUCAUUGAGCCCAACAACAAACUCCUUAAUGCAAUCAAAUGAGGACCCAAGGCUCUACAUCAAUGACUUUAACUCCGCAGAAGCUAACACUUCAGAUGCAUUUAACUGGACAGUGGACUCGGAAAAUCGAACCAACCUUUCCUGUGAGGGCUGUCUCUCACCACCAUGCUUCUCCUUACUUCAUCUCCAGGAAAAAAACUGGUCUGCUUUGUUGACAGCUGUAGUGAUUAUUCUAACCAUUGCUGGGAACAUACUCGUCAUCAUGGCAGUGUCCCUAGAGAAAAAGCUGCAGAACGCCACCAACUAUUUCCUGAUGUCACUUGCCAUAGCUGAUAUGCUGCUGGGUUUCCUUGUCAUGCCCGUGUCCAUGCUAACCAUCCUGUAUGGUUACCGGUGGCCUCUGCCUAGCAAGCUCUGUGCUGUCUGGAUUUACCUGGAUGUGCUCUUCUCCACGGCUUCCAUCAUGCACCUCUGUGCGAUCUCACUAGACCGCUACGUUGCCAUCCAGAACCCCAUCCAUCAUAGCCGGUUCAACUCCAGAACCAAGGCCUUUCUGAAAAUAAUUGCUGUUUGGACCAUAUCAGUGGGUAUCUCUAUGCCAAUACCAGUCUUCGGGCUACAGGAUGAUUCCAAGGUCUUUAAGGAAGGGAGCUGCUUACUUGCGGAUGACAACUUUGUCCUGAUCGGCUCUUUCGUGUCAUUCUUCAUUCCCUUAACCAUCAUGGUGAUCACCUACUUUCUAACUAUCAAGUCACUCCAGAAAGAAGCUACUCUGUGUGUGAGUGAUCUUGGCACACGGGCCAAACUAUCGUCUUUCAGCUUCCUCCCUCAGAGUUCCCUGUCUUCAGAAAAGCUCUUCCAGCGAUCCAUCCAUAGGGAGCCAGGGUCCUAUGGCAGGAGGACUAUGCAGUCCAUCAGCAACGAGCAAAAAGCUUGCAAGGUGCUGGGCAUCGUCUUCUUUCUGUUUGUGGUGAUGUGGUGCCCAUUCUUCAUCACGAACAUAAUGGCCGUCAUCUGCAAAGAGUCCUGCAACGAGAACAUCAUCGGAGCCCUCCUCAACGUGUUUGUUUGGAUCGGUUACCUCUCCUCGGCGGUCAACCCACUCGUGUACACACUGUUCAACAAGACCUACAGGUCAGCCUUUUCCCGGUAUAUUCAGUGUCAGUACAAGGAAAAUAAAAAACCACUGCAGUUAAUUUUAGUGAACACUAUACCGGCCUUGGCCUACAAAUCUAGUCAGCUCCAAAUAGGACAAAAAAAGAAUUCCAAGAAAGAUGCCAAGAGCACAGAUAAUGACUACAGUAUGGUUGCUCUAGGAAAACAGCAUUCAGAAGAUGCUCCUACAGACAAUAUUAACACAGUGAAUGAAAAGGUUAGCUGUGUGUGAGAGACUGGUUGCCAUAGCAACCACGGAGGGCACACUAGGCAAAUUUUCACCUAUUCUGGGGG